AGGAGCACCUGAACGCAGCAGUAGGAUCCACGAGCAGGAAGCGAAGCGAGCGGACGGUCGCGGCCGAGCAGAAGCGGUUUUAGGCGCAGAUUCGGGCCGAACGUGGUUUUAGCAGCUGGAAGGGAUUGAUCGAGUGUCCAGAAUGUUGGUGUUGGCAGCUCUGGUCCUGUUCGGAACCGGGCUGGCGGUCAACAGCGAGGUCCAUUCCCUCAAGUACAUCUACACAGCCUUCUACAAAAAUCCGGGGCUCGAGGGUCUCCAUGAGUUCACAGCCAUGGGUCUUCUGGACAACCGGCUCAUCGACUACUUUGACAGCGACAACCCGUAUAAAGUUCCAAAACAGAACUGGAUGAGAAACCAGCUUCCGGUGGAUUACUGGGAGAAGGGCACGCAGUCCCGGAAGAGCAAGCAGCAGUGGUUCAAAGUUAACAUCGAAAUCCUGAUGAAGCGAAUGAACCAAAGUGAGACAGACGUCCACGUCCUUCAGUGGAGGCACGGCUGUGAGGGUGAAAAGCAGCCUGACAACACCCUAACGUUUAAGAGCGGCAUGGACAUGUACAGUUACGAUGGCAACGAUUUCCUGUCCUUCGAUGACGCCAACGCGGUGUGGGUCGCCCCCAUUGAUGCUGCGGUGCAGACCAAGAGGAAGUGGGAUGACGUGCCAGUGCUGAAGGAGUACACCAAAGGCUACCUGGAGAAGGAGUGCAUGGAUUGGUUGCAAAGAUUCAACACGUACGAGAGCGAGGAGAUCAGACGGGCCUCACCACCUAAAGUGUACGUGUUUGCAAAAAACAGCCCCAUUGAGACCAACAUCAUGCUGACCUGCCUGGCCACAGGCUUCUACCCGAAGGACAUCAUCGUGAACAUCAAAAGGAACGGACGAGUUCUAACCCGGGAUGACGGGCUCAGGUCCAGCGGCGUUCUACCCAACGAUGACGGAACCCACCAGAUUAGAACCAGUGUGGAGAUUCUGAAGAGCGACUUGUCCACCUACACCUGUCACGUAAUUCAUAAGGCGACUGGUGUAGAUGUUGAUAGAGAAUGGGAUCAUAAGAUUUCUGAGCAAUGUGAUCGUGAUCCACCAACUAUGUCCAUUGUAAUAAUAGUGGCUGUACUGAUUCUGCUCAUUGGUGCCGUGGCUGCCUGUCUGGUUGUCUUGAAAAAGAACAACAUUCUGUGUUUCAGAGGAUACACUAACCCCAAUCAACCAGAUGCUAUGAUUCCGGUGGUCAAUUUGGUGGUUCCCAGUGCUCCAGUGGUUAAUGUGCUGGUUCCCAAUGCUCCAGUGGUCAAUGUGGUGGCUUCCAGUGCUUCAGUGGCCAAUGGUACAGCAGCAACAAAUGAUUCAGCUGCAUAUAUGAAUGGUAACCCCACCAGCAAUAAUGGACCUAAUGAUCCUCUUCUGAUGGGAAAUGAUUAGCCUCAACAGCAAAAUAAACCAACUUGAAAGUUAGCAAUUGGAAGCCACAGUGAAGAUGGAUGAAGAUGGAAUUACACAGGCAAAAUUGCUGAAGUACUAAAGAGCAUUUAAAUACUCUGUUGUUUGUUUAUAGGGUUAAAUCCAGCAACUGGUUGGCGUCGGCCACAUGCACGUCUUUAUUAGGUAACUUUGAUUUUAACAAUCACAUAGCGAUCAGUGUGUGUGUGUGUGUGUGUGUGUGUGUGUGUGUUUGUGUGUAAAUAAAAAUUUGAUGGGAGCAGCUUAAAUUGUGGUGCGCUCUAUAACCCUGAAAAUACGGUAUUAUAUGUUAUACCUUUUAGCUCUUAACUAAUAAGCGAGUAUAAAAGAGAAAAAGCUGAAGUACUGCUAUUAUCUAUGUGGUCUGUUCAUGAGCAUAUCAGUAAGUUCAUCAAUCUGACCUAUAUAUGUGACAUUUUUUACUUUUGGGCGGCACGGUCGCCUGUCGCCUCACGGUGAGAAGGUUCGAUUCCCGGGGCGGACUGGGUCCUUUCUGUGUGGAGUUUGCAUGUUCUCCCCGUGUUUGCGUGGGUUCUCUCCGCACAGUCAGCCCAGUGUCAGCACUGGUUUCCACUUAAUCACAAUUAAAUUUACAUAUGAAACGCUGUAUUUUCUUUUAAUUUUGAAUCUUAAUUGAGUCUAAUUCUGCUCAGACCGCUAGACAGCGGUGACAAAGUUAAGUGAGUCUCCCUUAUUAAAGCUGAGAGUCAGCGUCAGUGCCAUCGAUUUAAGACUGUGCUGACUUGAUGCUCUAGGUUUGAUGUAGAAGCUUUUGUUGUGUCUGUUUAUUUGCUGUCUUUUCUUUUUGUGUGAUCCUGUCUUACAAUAAUAAACUUAUAAUAAGCUUCAA